AUGUCUGCUCUCAACUAUUCUACUGUCAAUUAUGAUAUGUUUGUCCUUAUCGACAUCCCUGGCCUGAAGGAGCUGCGCAUGUGGAUCUCCAUUCCCUUCUGCCUGAUGUACCUGCUAGCUGUUUCAGGAAAUGGUAUCCUGAUCUGUGUAGUGGUAGUGGAGCACAGUCUGCAUAUACCCAUGAACUUCUUCCUCUCCUUGCUAGCUUUUUGGGAUCUAAUUCUUAUAUCCACAGUACCCAAAGCCUUGAGCACCUUCUGGUUGGAUGACGUGGACAUCUCCUUUGGUGGUUGUGUAACCCUGCUCUUCUUUAUGCAUUUUGCCUUUGUAGUAGAGUCAGGCAUUCUCUUGGCAAUGGCUUUUGACCAUUAUGUAGACAUCUGCUUCUCACUGAGGUAUACCACCAUUCUUAGCCAUGGCGUCACUGGCAAAAUAAACGGUGUUGUAGUGCUCAGGAGUUUUGCAACUGUUUUCCCCAUUGUCUUCCCUGUAAAACGACUGCCCUUCUGUCAGACAAACAUCAAUGCCCACACAUUCUGUGAACACAUGGGGUUGGCAAAACUGGCUUGUGCUGAUAUCACCAUCAGUAUUUGGUAUGGAAUCUCUGUGCCAUUACUCAGUAUUAUGCUAGAUAUGGUGACAAUAGCCAUCUCCUACGGGCUCAUUCUAAGGGCAGUCAGGCUUCCGUUCCAGGAUGUUCAAAUAAAAGUACACAGCACCUGUGGUUUUCAUGUCUGUGUCAACCUCAUGUUCUACCUUCCAGGGGUUUUCACCAUUAUUGCUCAGCGCUUCGGCCAAAAAAUCCCCAACCAUGUCCACAUCCUGCUGGCCAACCUCUAUGUUCUUGUCCCCCGCAACGAUGAACCAAAAUAUCUAUGGAGUAAAGACCAAACACAUUUGUGA